GUGACUUUGGAGCGCGGAGACCCCCGCAGACCUGAAAGACCGCUGAACUCCAUGAAUACUGCUAGGGUCUUGAGCGUUUUAGGUGCUACUUUCACAACUACCCGCCCAAUACUCCACUGUCUUGGCGAAGUAAGUUACUGGCGACAGCAAGACUAUGAUGAGUACUGAAUGAAGAUACUUUACUCAGCAUGCACAGAAUCCUAUGAAGCUAGGGGCUUAUGUUGGUCGUAGUCUACGCACAUCGUGUGCCAGGUCUGCUGGCCACAACAAGUGGUCAAAGAUCAAGAAAAAAAGGGGGUGACUGACCAGGAAAAGAGCAGGAUGAGGGGAAAGCUAUUGGAUCAGAUUCGAGCAGCAGUCGUGAGUGGAGGAACUGACCCAACAACCAAUGUCAAACUGGCUGGGCUCCUCACUCAGGCCCGCAGUAGUGGAGUUCCGAAAUCUAACAUUGAGUCGGCGAUGGCAGGGAGUGGGUCAGGAGCAGCAGCUCGCGAGGCCGUCAUGUACGAGGGGAGAGGUCCCAGUGUGUACCUGGUCCUCAUUGAGGCCCUCACUGACAACCGCAACAGAACAAGGCCUGAGAUCAGGCACAUUAUUGAGAAACAAGGUGGUGUGCUGGGAGAACCAGGGUCUUCAGCAUUCAUGUUCCACCAGAAGGCCAUCGUAGAGAUCUCCACCUAUUCAUUCUCCUCCUCUGGAAACACUAUAGAUCCAACAGAGUUAGCCAUUGAAGUAGGAGCCGAGGAUGUACAGGUGUCAUCUGACCCAGAGACUGGGGCGAGAGAUUCGAUUCAGCUCAAGUGCGAACCGAGUCAACUGAACGCAGUGUGUGGAGCAGUGAGAGAGAAAGGACUGGAGAUAGCGUCGGCAGGUGUGAUGUACCUACCGAGAUUGUCUGUGUCACUCAGUGUGGAGCAGUUUGAGAAGGCAGAGAAGAUGGUGGAUUUGCUGAGUGACCAGAGCGAUGUCGUAGCUGUCUAUAGCAACCAUGAACUUGCCUGAUUUUCUUGGUUAUUGAUUCUCCAGUCCAGGAGCAUCCAAUAAGCCAUAUUAUUAGCUGUGGAAAUCUCAUCAGUGAUUACAGUUGAACCCCUAUAAUUCCCGGGACAGAAAAGUCUCAAUAUAAAAUGGCCUUAUAUACUUUCAGCGUUAUUAUUAAUUUUUUCUUGGGAAGAUGUCCUUAUUCUUUUCCCACU